CUCUGCCAACAGGACAAACAGGAACAGUCAGGAAGAUCAGAACGACAGACGGAGCUGCAGGUGGUUCACGGCAGGAAGAGCCGUGAUCCGGGGGAGCUGAUGUGGAUGCAGCAGCAUGGAUCAGGAUCAGGAUCAGGAUGUGAGUGAGAGAGUUCCUCUGCUCAGAGAGCAGAAGAAACGGAGCAAAGGUCAAAGGUCAGAGGACCAACAUCCCAUCCCAACAUGUCUGACUUGGUGUUGCUCGUUCUGCACACAGAGACCGGACUCACCUGAAGCCCGACCUGUAACCGGACCAGAGACUGAGCCAGAAUAUGAACCCCACUCUGGAUCAGAAACCAUUUCAGUUUACGAUCCUGAAUCUGUACUGGUACCAGAACCUGAGAACGGACUCAACUCUAAAGCUGAACCUCAGUCUGAGACCUUAUCAGGAUGGGAACCUGGAUCAGAACUGGUACCAGAACCUGACACUCUGCUGGGGUUUCAACCUAAAUCUGAACUUGUACCCGGAUCUGGAUCAAUUUAUGAACCUGAAUUAAUGUCAGUACCAGAACCUGAGACAUUAUGGAGACAUGAACCCAACAAUCAGACCAUUUCUGAACCCGAAAACAGUCAAAGCCACAGUCAGAGACCGGACUCUCCAGAACCUCAGACUGGACCUGAGGCUCCAUCUGCAGACAAACUCUACGCUGAGCUGGAACCCGGAUCAGAAUCCAAAUCACUUGAGGAACCAGAUGCUGGUUCAGGAUUAGAACCCAACUCUGAACCUGAACUUCAACCUCAGACCUCAUCAGGAUGUGGAUCAGAACUGGUACCAGAACCUGACACCCGGCUGGGAUUUGAACCCAACUCUGACCUUGUAUCUGGAUCAGAAACCGGAUCAGCUGAUGAGCCUGACUCAGUGUCAGAACCUGGAGGUGAAGGACAAGAACCUUUAACUGCUGCUGAUCCCUCUGCCAGUCAGAGCACACAGAAACCAGACUUCCCUGGACCUGGACCUGAACCUGGACCUGGACCUGGACCUGAACCUGGACGUGAACCUGGACCUGGACCUGAACCUGGACCUGGACCUGGACCUGGACCUGGACCUGGACCUGAACCUGGACCUGGACCUGAGACUGGACCUGGAACUGGACCUGGACGUGAACCUGGACCUGGACCUGAACCUGGACCAGGACCUGGACCUGGACCUGAGACUGUUUCCGAAUACAAACCAAGUGCUGACCGUUGGUCUGGGUCAGAAACCGGAUCAGGUCAUGAACCUGACUCGGUACCAGAUGCUGAGACACUGUCCGGGUUUGAAGCCACGUCUGAACCUGAACCUCCAUCUGAGACCUCAUCAGGAUGUGAAUCUGGACCAGAACUGGUACCAGAACCUGACACCCUGUUGGGAUCCGAGCCUUUACCUCAUCCUCAGAACAUCUCAGAACCUCCAGAGGGUUCUGGACCUGAAGAUGAUCAUUCUACCAAUCAAAGUCACACAGAGGAACCGGACUCCCCGGAACCUCCAGAUGUACCUGGGCUUCAGACUGGACCUGGACCUGAACCCGUAUCAGUCAAUGAUUCUGAAUCAGUACCAGAAGCUGGGCCAGUAUCAGGGUUUGGACCCAAAACUGAAGCCGAGCUUCAAUCUCAGACAUUUAUAGGAUGUGAAUCUGGACCAGAACUGGUACCAGAACCUGACACCCUGUUGGGAUCCGAUCCUUUACCUCAUCCUCAGAAAAUCUCAGAACCUCCAGAGGGUUCUGGACCUGAAGAUGAUCAUUCUGACCACUAAAAGUAAGUUUCUGUUAUGUCUGAGAUACCAUGUGGUCAGACUGGGGGAGGUUGGUGUGAAACUCUCCUUAUCUCAUGGAACCCAGAGAUAAGGACUUCCAGGUUAUUCCAGAUUAUUCCAGGUUAUUCCAGGGACAACCUGGAAACGUGAAGCAGCUCCUCCCUAGACGAUGACAGAUCAGUGAACCAGCAGAACUGGAGAGAGGGCUGCAGGGUGUCAUGGUUGAUAUUGUUUGGAGAGUUGGAACAAUUAGUGCUGACUUAUUUUAUUUUUGAUACAAACUAUCUGAUAUUUGGAGCUGUCAUCAAACCUUUUCAUGUCUUUACAAUCUUUAAAUUCCCAGAACAAUUAUUGUGACCUAUGAAAAAUACCAACAACUGAUCUACACAUUAGGAAACGAUACUGCUUUAAGUUAAAUCUCACCUUUAGGGCCUGUUAGGUGUGAGUUGAAGGUCAACCUGAUGGAAGAAAAGCAAGCGCUACCUUCUAAAGAAGAAAGAAGUUUCUCUGGAUUCAGCAAAUCGAAUCCAACAUCUGUCCAUCAGAGAAAUGUUGACCAUUCAGGUCUUACGGAGCUCAAAUAGACAACUGGACUUGUUCCUCUGUUUCCUCCUCGGACUUUGACUGGAGUCCAAUCAGAAGCUCAUACCAGGUCUGCUGGCACAGACAGGAAGUAGCUCACAGACCAAUCAGGAAACAGUUCAAUACAUCAAGGAGAAGAUCAAUGGGAAUAUGUCUGCAGAGAAAAGGAGCAACCUGCUCCACUGUCUGCAUGAACUGAUUGAUUGUUCUCUGAAAAACCUGAUUUCUGAAAUGUUUAAUGAUUACUUCCUCUACAGAUAAAAACACCUGAUUGAACUGAGUGAUUUUAUUGGGAAACAAAAACCCUAAAAUCUCAAAAUUCAACCCCACUAUUUAUUUAUUUUUCUCCCCACCAGGGGGUCCUUUUUGUGGCUCUAGUGUCCCUUUUUUCAUAGUAGGCUGACAGGAGAGGGGGGGA